AUGGCUAUGAAUCAAGCACAGUGCAAGGGCGGCUUGCCGUGUCACAAGACGGUCUCCAUCAAGAACGAUGCCACCGGGAAAACUGUGAAAGCACAGGUGACCGACAAAUGUCCUGGCGGUGCCUUCAGCUCUCUCGAUCUUUUGCCUUCAGCCUACCAGGCCAUUGGCAACAUGGACCAGGGCGUCUUACCGAUCUCAUGGCAGUUCGAGUAA